CAAGUGGCCACGUGAGCUGAGCGCAGGUGAACAUGGGUCGCUACUCAGGCGGCCGGCCAGGCCCACUUCCGUUCCAUGUGCCGGUUGGGCGGCCUAAUUUGGGGCGGCGACCGGGCCCACCACAUUGCUAUCCGUCCCCAACAGCACAGCUCACGACAUCUCUCUCUCGCCCAGACAAGCAAAAAAAAAGGGAAAGAAUCCCAAAAGCAAAUCACGCACCCACCGCCCACCGCCACCGCACGCCAUGCGGCCGCCCCCUUGCUAACCACGCCGCCGCCGCCUGCCGCCAUGGCCGCCGCCGCUGACUCCUCUAAGCCCGCGCGCGCCGCCGUGCUCCCCGCCCGCCCGCUCCUCCUCGCGCUCCCCUUCCUCUCCCUCCUCCUCUUGCUGUACGUCUACUCCACCUCCUCCCGCCCUGUCCUCUCCGCAACAGCCGUCGCUGCCUCCACCACCACCACCACCGUCGUGCCGCUGACCCCAUCCCCGCCGACCCCACACAUCCGGAUGCGGCGUUCCCGGUACGCCUCCUACGACGACUACCUCCGUCACCAGCUCAACAAGACGCUGGACCCGCGCCUCCGCCGGGUCUGGGCGACCCGUGACUGGCAACGGAAGGUGGACGCCUUCGCGCGGCUCUUCACGGGUCUGCGCGACGAGGGCCUCCUCUCCACCACCUCCCGCGCGCUCUGCGUCGGCGCGCGGCUAGGCCAGGAGGUCGCCGCGCUGCGGCAGGUGGGCGUCCGCGACGCGCUCGGCAUCGACCUCGCGCCCGCGCCGCCGCUCGUCGCGCGCGGGGACUUCCACAACCAGCCGUUCGACAACGACACCUUCGACUUCGAGUUCUCCAACGUCUUCGACCACGCGCUGUACCCGGACCGGUUCGCCGCCGAGGUCGAGCGUACCCUGCGCCCCGGGGGUGUCGCGGUGCUCCACGUCGCCGUGCACCGCCGUGGGGAUAAGUACUCUGCCAAUGACUUGCUUGAUGUGCGCGGCCUCGUUGGGUUGUUCCCAAGGUGCGACGUUGUGAGGGUGUCGAAGGUUGAUGCGUUCGGGCUCGACACCGAGGUCAUCCUCCGCAAGAAGAGGCCGUCGUCUCGUCGUCGUCGUCGUCGGCGGCGGCUCUAGCCGUGCGGACAUCCAUCCGUUCUUCUGUUGGGUGUGGUACUUGGGUCCUCAAGAACAGUCACCGGCCGACCACACGAUCCAAUCUUGGCUUUGGCUUGCAAAUUACGCCAAAGAAAAAAAGGGUACUAAGGUAGGAGGUGAUUUUUUGGUGACCCACCACAACAGUACGCAUCCCAUCCAUCUUGUAUUCUUGCUCUUGUAUACCUAGGCAGCGAAUUGGUAGCAAUAACAGUUGAAUUCAAUUGAAUUGAAAUCAAUCGUUGUUUGAAAUUGUGUGCCAAGAAAAAUCAAUUUGAGGAAGGGAAGAACCAUUAUUAUAGAAUGCAUGCGCUUUCCCUUCUUUCCUUGAA